GUCGAAUGUCCGGUGGAGCAUUAAGAUUUGGGAGCAGAAGCAGCAGCAGCAGCUGGACACCCCAGAGGAUCUUAAAUGAGAUCGAGACCAACCUGCUGGAAUGCAAAGUGUGUUUUGAGAAAUACAGCCAGCUACAGAAAAAGCGCAGGCCAAGGAAUCUGCCAUGUGGCCAUGUGAUGUGCUGGGAAUGUAUCUCCUGCCUCGCCCACCACCACUAUCAGCGUCUAGAGUGCCCCUUCUGCCGCAAGAUCUGCAGUUCCUCAGAGACAUCGGAUUGCCUGCCUUUGAUGCACAUAAGCGAACUUCUCUCCCCAGCUUGGGAGCUAGCCAAUGGGACAAGCAAUGAAGCACUGGGACUGACAUCUGCUGGAGUGAAGUUCCAUUUUGCUUUUGGUGGCUGGGGGCACUUGAUCAACCCUACCGGUGCUGCGUUUUUCAGAAAGUCAGGAGCACUGGUGGUUGUACAUGAUGGCAAGAAACGUGUCAGCAUUUUUAACCUGAAGGGGAAGUACCUGCACGGGUUUGGUACAAAAGGUGACUCUCUGACAGGUGUCUGCUAUCCCCUAAAUGUGGCGGUCACGCUUGAUGGGUACAUUGUGAUUACUGAUGCUGGUGACUGCUCUGUUAAAGUUUUUAAUUCCAGAGGAAGGAACUCUGUUGCCAUCCGAGAAUCUUUCCGGUUACCUUGGGGCGUGGACACGGACUGUGAGAACCAAAUCUUAGUGACAGAUUCUGAGGCUGGGACACUUUCCCAACUGGAAGUCGACUUUUCUAAGGACAUUUUGGUCAGUAACACUGUGGCCACUUCUGACCUUUGCUGCCCAAGAGAAAUAGCAGUUUCCAAAUCCACCGGGUCUGUCGUUGUUGUAGAGCAUUUGAGAGACCAAAAAGCUAGAAGCUUUACUGGCACCAGGCUCAAAAUGUUUGACAGCAAACUGCAACUGAUGUGCCAAAUAGAUAGCUUUGGCUUUAGUUUAAUUUGUCCUAUUCAGCUGUGUGUUUCUGGUGUGGCUUUUGACAGAGAAGGGAAUGUCUUAGUUGCUGAUGGCAAUCACAAGGUUGUACUUUGCUUAGGGAAAUUGAUGGAAUCACCCUCCUUAAGACCAAUCAUAAGCCAGGGUCUUGUAUGCCCUGUGGGACUGGCUUGCACAGCAGAUAACACGCUGAUUGUACUAGACAGUGGUGACCAUGCUGUUAAAAUUUACACUGUCUGUUGAAUUCAAAUGUGACCUACUUACUUGAAUGGAGAUUAUGGAAACUGUACCAUAUGGGGGGAAUUAUUGCCACAAUUUAAGUUAUAAUUCUGAAUACGAGUAUGGUAUUUUCUGUGUAACUUUGUAUUUUCCAUUGUGAGUAUGUUGAAGGUCAUGUUUGUAAUGUUUUGUUAUCAAAUAUGGGAUUUUCUAGUUCAAUUAAAAUCUUAAUGAAAAAUGUUUUAGUAAGAGCUUUAUCUGCUACAUGCUGUAUGUUUGGCAAAUAUCACUGGAGACAGGCUUGGUGACACUGUUACUUAUAAAGUGUUGACACAGCAGCCAUGUGUCUUUGGAGUAGGAUUGAUGCAGUUAUAUAAAAAAAAAGAUUCAUUUUAGUUCCUGAGUGAUGAAUUCACACAUUUGGAACCAAUACCACAUUCUUUCCCACUUACAUAAAUCACAGCUUGCUAUUAUACAUUUUGAGUGGUUAUUUACUGCUAACACACCCUAGACACAUUCAUAUAAACCAAGACCCAGAUCUGGACCAUCGUGUGCUUCAGAGGCUUGAUAGCUGCGAAUCAGUGUCUUCAGUUCUUAUUCCUAACAGGGUACAGGAUAUCUCCAUUGGUUACCUGUCCAUCAUGUUAUACUAGCAAAGAAGACUCUUGUCUCCAAGUACACUAUAUGCACCACAUAAUUAUAUGUCAAGAGUUUUUCCUGUUUAAGCUGAAUCAAAUAUUCUGCUCGAUGUCAGGCUACUGUAGGUAUGGACCCUCUAUAUGAUGUGUGUUUAUCCAAACUGUACCAUGUGGUUUUUGAGUCUGCUGCUUUCAAGGUGCCAUUGGUUGAGUUUACAAAGCAGGAUAUUCCUUUGUUUAAAAAAAAAAAAAAAAAUGGUACAGUUUUUGCUUGAUGACAGUACUUUUUUUUUUUCUUAUGCUAUGGCAAAGCACAAAAAGGCUGCAAUGUGAUUGGGGGAAAAACAAUAAAACAGCAUGAUUACCUUUCAAUAUGCCCUUGUUUUUGUGUGCGUUGCUCAAGGUUGUGAUUACCAAGCUGUACAGAACUAAGUGUAGUGGACUUGAUGGAUCGAAUAGUCUGCAGCCCCUGCAGCCUGGAAAGCAUAUGUAAGGGAAGAGGUGAAUUGAGCAAAGUGAAUUAUAUUAAAUUAAAGCAAGAAGGCCAUGCUGUUAAAAUACUGGCAACCCUUUUUAACAAUAGUGCAAUGGUAGUUAAAUUUAAAGGUAAAAAAAGCUUUAAGUAAUAGGGGCAUUAAAGACUGAACUAAAAUCUUUGAACAUAUG